UCGACUCCCUCCCAUGCCGCUGCUGCCCAGCUCAGGGUCCCUGAAGUCAUGUGAGUCGCGCUGUGGGGAGCCCUUGAACCCCGAAGCUGCCUGCCAGUGUAACCGCCAGUGUGCCCGGCACAAAGACUGCUGCGAGGACUAUGCCCGCCUCUGUGCCCGUGCCCCUCAGGCAACUCCCGAGUCAGACGAGCCCUCUUCGCGGUCCCGACGAUCAGCUGGUGAGUUUUCUGGCUCGUCUGCCCCUCUCCCUCCCCUCCGUGCCCGGGCCUUGGGCCAGGCCAGUCUGUAUUCGGCUCCGGACUCCUGCCGCGGCCGCUGCCACGAGGCCUUCGACGCUCACCACUCGUGUCACUGCAAUGAUCGCUGCGCUGAUUUUGGGAACUGCUGUGCUGACCAUGAGAGCCUGUGUCACGACCACCCAGAGGGCUUCUCCGGCCGUGGGGAUGCCAUCACGGAUGCGGAGCUGCUGACAGUCUCGGAGCAGAUCUACGCGGCCGACAUCAACCGGGCCCAGAAAGAGGACAUCAUCCUCAACAGCCAGAGCCACGUUUCCUCUUCUGAGACUGAUGACCAAGUGGACCGCUGCCCUGAGCCGCUCUACAGCCACGUGAACGAGCAGCUGUUCUCCAAGCCCACCUACGCCGCCUUCAUCCGCCUCCUGGACAACUACGAGCGGGCCACGGGCCACUGCGAGGAGGUCACUGACCGGGAGCGGGCUGAGCAGGACGACUUCCUCAGGACCAUCAUGGACACCCCCGUCCUGAAGACGCUCUACGCCUUCCUGCACAGCAAGAAUCGCUAUGGCUCUGAGGAGGAGUUUGUGGCCGACCUGAAGAACAUGUGGUUCGGUCUGUAUUCCCGGAGCAGUGCCGAGGGAGACUCCAGUGGCUUUGAGCAUGUCUUUUCGGGCGAAGUCAAAAAGGGCCAAGUGUCCGGAUUCCACAACUGGAUCCGCUUCUACCUGCAGGAGAAGGCGGGGCUGGUGAAUUACUACAGCUACAAUUAUGAUGGCCCGUGGGAGUCUUACCCUGACGUGCUUGGGCUCCAGUUCAACUGGGAUGGCUACUACAAGGAGGUCGGUUCAGCUUUCAUCGGCAGCAGUCCCGAGUUUGAAUUUGCCCUCUACUCUCUGUGCUUCAUCUCCCGACCCGGGAAAGUGUGCCGGCUGAGCCUGGGUGGGUAUCCCCUGGGCAUUCAGACCUACUCCUGGACCAAGUCCACCUACGGAGAUGGCAAGAAGUUCAUUGCUACAGCCUACGUGGCAUCAUCCAACAGGAAUUAGAAAAGAAACGCCACCUCCCUCUCUCCGACUCCUCCUCCCUCCCCUGGACUUCUGAUCUCACCCACGGGGCCUUCGCCCCUCUCUCCCCUGCCAUCUAGGAAACCUACUCUCUUCGGGAGAGGUGGCUAUCCAGGCUUCAGUUUCCCCCGGAAUCUCCUGAGGGAGAUUGAGGGAACGAGGAGGUGUGGCUGUAACUGUAAUUAGGGUUAUUAAUUAUUGUUAAUAUUGUGAACUGUGCCUGUCCCUUGCUGGCACAGAAAUGAGACUUUGUCCCCAGGAGCCUGGAGCUGAAAAGAAAUCAGGCUUUGGGAUCAAAGGAAAUCAGACAGAAAGGCUCUGCCUCUCCCUUCUGAGCCGGGACUCUGAGGGAGGGUCUGGAGUGAGUGACUGGUAGGGGGAAUUGGGUGGGAGGGUAAAGGGCGGGACUUUGGGAAAUGAGGGUGGAGCCAGCACAUGGAGGGGACUCGGGGGCUGGGUGGGCAUCUUGUCAGUCAAGCGGUCGUAUUUAUUGAUGGCUUACUGUGUGCAGAGCUCUGUACUUAGCACUUGGGAAAGUACAAUCCAACAGAGUUCAUAGGAACAUGCCCUGUUCACAGUCAACUCACACUCUGUAUCGUAUUUAUUAAGCUCCUACUAUGUGACCUGCACUGGGUUAGUUACCAAAUGAUCAGAUCUGCCCCAGUCUCUGGUCUGCAGAGGGGUCAAGGGGCCUGGUCGUGCCUCUGUGGAAAAGGGCCUUGCUGCCUCUCUAGCUGAGGGUCAAUCAACCAAUUAAUCAAUCGAUCAUAUUUAUUGAGCACUUACUGUGUGAGGAGCACUGCAUUAAGACCUGGAAAAGCACUUAGACUGUGAGCCCCAUGUGUGACAGGGACUGUGUCCAACCUGAUUAACUCUUAUCUACCCCAAAGUUUAGAACAGUGCUUGGCACAUAGUAAGCACGUAACAGUUGGGUGAGGCCUUUCGGGAUCCUGCCCUCACCAGGCUGAAACUCCCCCACCCUGAGGUGGGUUUCACUCUCCAAUAAAUAUAAUUUGGGGAAAGUGUA